UUCCUCUGUAUCUUAUUUAUAUUUAAUCUUACAAAUGGAAUUAUUAACCUCCAGCUAGAGGCUAGAGUAUCUGCUCUUUUAAAAAUUGUAAAAUAUUUGUGAAGUUAAUUAAUUUGCAGGAGAGGGGUGGAUGGUGGUGCUGUCGCAAGCAAAUUCUAUUGUGGCCAUUUUUAAAAUCUCGUAUUUAGAACGAAGUAAGCGCCAUUAUCCUUCUAAUCAAAACGCUAGUACCAGUUAAUUUAAACUGCUAAACAAUUAUGCUACCGAGAUCAGAAAAUGCCAAAGAAUGAAAAUGAACAUGUGGAAUUAUUGUUUUGUUUAAAGCCGGUUUACAAUUUUGUUGAUUUUCAAAUACAGUGUAUGGAAUCAUCAAAAAAAAAUUUAGAGGACACAAAUUUAUUAAGUGACCUCUCUGAUAUAUCAAAAGAGCAUCAUGUGUUUGUUCAACCAUACAGUAUUAAACCAAAGAAACACAAACGAACACCCAUAAACAAUAAUAUAAUUAAAAAAAGAAACUAUUUAAAGAAAUGCAUAACAAAAAAAGUAGGCAUUCAAAAUCAAAAGUGUGAUUCAUUUUCUGAUAGUCAUCUAUUGUGCUCUAAUUUCGAAAAGCCGCCUGCAAGCCCUUCAUUAAGCAUAGACUCUGCUAUUGACUUAUCACAUGAUAUGUUUGUUGAUGUUUCUGAACAAGGAAACUUAAGACCAACAUUUGACUUUUCAGAUGCAGAGCAAGUUGAUACUUUUAGUGACUAUAGUGAUUUGUGUGCCCAAGAUGAAACAGGAACGGGUGAUGACAGUGGUAAUGUUAUUGAUGAAUUUAAAAAGUUAAAAAACCAAUGUCAUAAAUUUUAUCAUAAAGCAUGUGCUAUGAAAGGUGUAAACAUAAAUAAGGAGCAUCGCAAAGAUUUACAGGGCGCAAAAAAUGUAAAAAUAACAAAUACUCAGAAAGAUUUAGAGAAUAAUGAACAUCCACUGACUGUGAUAUCAGUCCCAAAAAUUUCUGGCUUCAAAGAAUUGCAAGAAUGUAAAUUGUGUAAAAUAUCGUUGCAAUGUAUUCUGAAAGUGUCUAGCAUACCAAUAAUUGUGAGAAAAGCUUAUCCAAGUUGUCAGGUUGUUUUAAAAGAUGUUUUGAAAGGAAAUGGCAGAAGUAAAAAAAUACUUUGUUGUGGGAAUAAAAUAAAAUUGAUGGAAGAAAAAAGCCCUGAUACUUUAAAACUGACCACAAAAAAGUUUGAAGAAUCAAAAGUGUUGGUUAAAGAUUAUAGUUUGAACAAAAUAUCCGAAGGUCAAUGUAUAAAACAACAUUCUUCACCUGUAACAAAAUCUAAUGUGGAACAAGAAAAGAUUUUUAAUGACAUUGUUGAAGAAUUUGUUGAGAAACAGAGUAUAGAAUAUAGGAGACCAUUGAAUAUUUUGAAUCCUGUGUCAAGAGAUAUAUUUCCUGUGUCUGUCCAUCAUGGUAUGGCUAUAAGAACAACUAGAAUGAUAGUUCAUGAUGAAGAUGAAACAAUGCCUCAUAUAUUUUUAAAAUCAACUGAAGAAAUGGAUAAAAAAAAUAUAGAACCACAUGAAAUAUCCAUAAAUACUAAGGAAAUGGAAAUUGAUAAAUCAAAGAAUUUACUUAGUGAUAGCAUAGACAGUACUCAUAGUAAAGAAAUUUCUACUGAAAAUAACUUUCUUGGAUCUUUACCUCAAAAUAAAAAAAUACCUAACUACACACCUAAUAAUUUUGUCAUUGGUCUUUUGCAUUCAACAAGUGUGGGAUUGCUAAAUAAAUAUAAAAUGGACAGUGUUUCUGAAGAAUUUUUAGGAAGUGCUGAAAACAUGGACAAUACUGUUGGAGUGAACCCAAACAAGAGUUCCCUAAUUUCCACAUUGUUUGUGGCUGAAAGAAGCAAAAGUUUUCAUGGAAAUACAAGGGAAUCUAAGAAUCAAAGAUUUGCAAAUUCUGGUCUUAAACUUUCAAAGUCAUGUAAGAGACGAUGUGAUAGUUUUGCGACUGAAACUGACGAUGGUUCAUCUUCUGAUUGGAAUUCCAGACCAGAGUUUGCAAAUAAUAGUAAUAGUGCAAAAACAGGAUUAAAUGUUUCUAAAAGAUUUCGAUAUGCAAGCACUAAUAUGUUUGGCAAACUAAUAUAGAAUUCAUUGAUCAUAAAGUGUGUUUGGUUUCCUUCCAUCUAUUGUUUAUUAUGUAUACUAUCUUGAUAAAUGGAGACCAAAGCCAAAAAGAUACAAAGAUGUCAUUUUGAGGAAGUGUCAAGCGGUUUUCUGUUGUAUUUUGUCUUAUUUUUCAUUUUGUAUUUAUUUAUUUACCUUUAUUUUUCGAAAUGCUGUAACAAAGAAAGGUAACAAGUAUUUCGGCUGUUACUAAUCAAUUCUACAUGCAAAAGUCAAAAAACAGAUAAAAGAAAUAAAUAAAUCAAAAAACAAUAUUGUAAUAAAAAUAUAUUUUAGCAUUUGUUAAUUUUAUUUUCUAGCUCUACAUUUCACAAACAAAAACAAAAGCGUCAGGUGUAGUAUUUUAAACCAGGUGUAGUAUAACCCCAAAGAGGAUUUUGGUACCACUGAUUUUUUGACAAGCACUUCCAAUCUUCCAAUCUUCAGAUCAAUUCAAUUAUAAGUACAAAGUUUUGGCUGUAUAUUCUUUUUUUAAUCAGUUUGGAAUGCCUUAGCCAUGAAAAUGUGCUUUUAACUUUAGGUUCUAAAAUCUUUGUUUUCAUUUUAGCCUGCCUUCGUUGCACUUCUGGAGGCAAGCACUGACUACGUUGCCAAAAUCACAGGUUAAGUAUAACAGGCUAAGUAUGUAGGUUUGAAGUGCGGGUUUUUCAAUAUUUCGGUCGGGCCUCGGUCAGGGUAAACUUACGUCAGGUAACGGUAAAACAGAUAUAUAAACUGAUCUUAACACGGUACUACUACACAUAUGGUCUAGCCAAAUAUAAAAACAGAUACUACAGGUAUAUAGUAUAGAUAUGAGGGUGGAGAGGGGAAGCGAUAUUAGGAGUGAUUAUUAACAUAUUUAUAAAGUAUUUUUAUGUAAAGUUUAUCAGAAAAAGAUAAAUAUUUUAUGAGUAAUAUAAAUACUAUUUCUGCUUAUCUUUAUUCGUGUAAAUAUUUUUUGAUGUUUUGAAAACAUGUUUUGUUUUGUUUUCGCAAAAGUUGGAAAGGUUUGCGUUGUUUUGAGAGAGUGACAAUAUUGUUGCUAAGUUGUGUUAAAGUUCUACCGUUUUUUUAAGAGUGAGGGUAAAGAGAAUGACUUCAAAGUAUUCUUUUUAAGAUAUUUAUACUUAUUUUAAUCAGAAUUGUAAAUUUGUAAAUAGUUGUAAAAUAUUGUGAAGUUUUACAA